ACACACGCACACGCAUAUACACAAGUACUGUUACGAUUUUUAUGAGUUCAUCGCCAAGUCUUGCUGCUGUACCUGCUUCUAUGAGUUUUCAAUUUUUACCUACUUUAGGGUGCUCACGGACCUGGUUUCUGUCCCUUCUCAGUCCUCGUACCUGGCCGCGGCAACCUGGGUCCGGGCAGGCGACGCUGAGGGCUCUGGGCUGACUCGGGGGUCUAGGCGGGGAGUUGCCAUGGCGCAGCGGAUUACCCCUGGAAGGGCCUCGGCACAGCCUGAGUUCUAUAAGCCCGGGACUGUGAGCUUCUCAGACGUAGCCGUGUACUUCUCUUCGGAGGAGUGGAGGUGUCUGCAGCCGGCGGAGAGAGCCCUGUACCGGGAGGUGAUGCGCGAGACCUACGGUCUUCUGGGCUCUUUCGGAAUCCGAGGCGCCAAACCAGCGCUCAUCUGCUGGGUGGAGGAAGAGACCGAACUGUGGGGACCCCGUGCCCAGGAUCCAGAAGUGGCCAUGUGCAAGACUGAAGUCCACUCAGAUUGCAGACAAGAGGAGAAAAGGAGGAAACCAAGGGAAGAGACUGAAGCAAUUCAGAGGACGUUUUCUACAGAAGCUGGGCCGAAGGAGCCAUGCCCCUCCUUUGCUGCUUCUCCGAGCUACCUGGAGCUGCUGUCCAAGGACCCUCAACAGGGUCAGCCCACUGUUCCUUUGCACGACACUGUCCUAAAAGCAGAUCAGCGUCAUGGGUGCCAUGUGUGUGGGAAGAGUUUUACCCGACAGUCCAAACUGGUGGAGCACCUGUACACUCACACAGGUGAAAAGCCGUUUCAAUGCUCAGAGUGUAACAAGUGUUUUGGCCGGGCUUCUUCCCUGAGCAUGCACCGAGCCAUUCACAGAAGAGAACGGCCUCAUUGUUGCCCUGACUGUGGGAAGAGUUUUACCCAGCGGUCCACAUUGGUGGCGCACAUGUACACUCACACAGGUGAAAAGCCAUUCCGUUGCCCUGACUGCAACAAAUCCUUCAGCUGGCCUUCUUCCCUGAGUACGCACCGGGCCAUUCACAGAGGGGAACGGCCUCAUUGUUGCCCUGACUGUGGGCGGGCCUUCACGCAUCGAUCUGGCCUCAUUACCCAUCUCCGAGUCCACACUGGGGAGAAGCCUUACUGUUGCGCUGAUUGUGGACGCUGCUUCAGCCAGAGCUCUGGGCUCAGUGAGCAUCAGCGGGUGGUGCACAGCGGCAUGACCCCGUUUAGUUGCACACACUGUGGCAGAGCCUUUGCCCGUGCCGCAUAUCUUCGGUGCCAUAUGCGCACCCAUACGGGUGAAAAGCCUUAUUCAUGCCCUGACUGUGGACGCUGCUUUCGCCAGGGCUCUGACAUGGCAGCCCACAGGCGGACCCACAGCGGCGAGCGUCCUUACCCCUGCCCUCAGUGUGGCAGAGGCUUUCCCACGAAGUCAGCUAUGACGAAGCAUCAAUGGGUCCAUCGGCCAGGAGCUAAAGGUCACAGGGACAGAAAAGCCAGUCAGUUAUCUGUAGCCCUGGGCACUGGCCAAGAGGACCCGGACCCACCUGUGGGCUUCCAGCUUUACCCAGAGAUCUUCCAGGAGUGUGGGGCAUGGUCCUAAACGUGCCGACAUAGAGGGUGAAAUGUGUACACUGUGUGAAGCCCAGAGGCCUGAACCUAUAGCAUCCUCCAGAAGUCACAGGCGUUCUAGCAAGUGCUGGUCCUGGGAACAGGAUACAAUCUUCUAGGUGGUUACCAGAUGCAUCUGCCCACACCUGGAUCCUGAGUCUAUUGGGCUGGGGUGGGAAACCCCACUAGAACUCUGUAUGAGAAGUUUCCCGGCUCAGAAGUAUUGAGAGGCUUGAGUUUGAAGAGAGCCUUAUUGAAGCCAUGGCCUCUUUAAUGCAGAGGCUAACGUCGAUGGCUCUGUGAAUUGAGCCAGCUGAGUUUUCAGGGAUUGAGUUACUGGUCAGGAGCCUGGUGUGGUGGUGCCUGCCUAUGAUCCCCUCACUGGGGAGGUAGAGACAGAAGAUCAGGAUUGAGAACAGCUUGGGUCACCUGAGACUCUAUCUAAAGAUUAAUACCAAGUGAGAUUAAUUAAGGUUUAAAAAUCAAAGAAUCUCUCACACGUGCCAAAGGCCCAAGUUUCUAGGUCCCCUUUUAAAAAACAACCCAAAAUAUUCAACCAAGCAGAGAGAGAAAAGUUCUAGGUUCCAUUCUCAGUGCUGUCUAUACUGGCUGGGCUGGCACGUGCUUGAUUCUAGCACUUGUCAGUUGGUGUCAGGGGUAGAGUCAGAGGUUUAUCUGUGGCCAGCUCUAGAGCAGCACUGCCAGCUGCAGCCUGCAUUAGACCUGCACUGCUUAGUUGAGAUUUGGGGUCUGCAUGUUCCUCCUUGGCUGACGGGGAAAACAGCUCAUCAUUUUUCCUGGGGCACCUCAAGCCAGGCCCCAAGGCUGUUUCCUGAUGCUAAGAAAUGACCUUGAAUGUCUCUCUUUGCCUACACUCACUGGUCCAGUGGCAAACCCUGACACAUCGCCUGCACAACCCUAGAUGCCGAGGCCUCCUUUCUGGUUUAUAUUUAGGAAAACCAUUGCCCUUAGAGAAGCCUGGUUCACACUCUUGUUGUAAAUGAGAAUGUUCCCCACAGUUAAAGCACCAAGCAUUUUGAGAGCUGAGAUCUUUAGUGGCUGCAUCACAGUCUCUCUGCAAAUGACUGAAUUUCCUUCAGUUAACACACUGGGCAGUUUGAUAUUGGAGACCUCUGGCUAUACCUUGAUUUGAUGUUAGCAUGUGACAUGUUAGAACCAAUAUUGGUUGUACCCUUUUUCCUCUCCUCCAUAGGUGCUGCCGUGCCUUUAUGCUAAGGUCUCUAUCAACAGCUGCCUCAAUUCAGGGUCUGAUAGGGCUUUGUUCACAGCUGAGAAUAAUCUUUGGGAGGAAAAACAUCAGUGAAGGCUUCUGCAGAGCCUUGUAUAAUCUUUGUAAAAAGGGUGGACCUUUUCUCAGGCUCAACUUUAUCCCGAGCUCGUCCAGCUGCUAAGUGACAUUGUUCUCUAGUAGCAUCAUUAAACUUAAUCUGUUUUUAUUAUGAGAGUACUGCCCUUCAACUAGCAACUGGCCUUUUCCUGUAUGCAUUCCUUGUGCUUUGUUUCGCUGUUCAGUAUUCGAAGCUUCUUCCCUCCACCAGGUUAACUUUUGCCACCAUGGGCCAACCUCUGGUACAGCUGUCACCAGUACCUUCCAAGCUUGGGGAAUCAUUCUGUUUUGAAUAGCCCAGUUAUUUAGAAUUUGCAUAUGGCAUAUGCAUCCCCUUUGGGGGGGAAAUGGCUUCUUUAAACUGUCUUAGAUUAUCAUUUCUAUAGGACGACAUCCUAUCACAGCAAAGCCUUGUUCCACACCAUUAGGAGACAUGUUGUAUGACUACUGGGACAACUCACAGUGAUCUUGUAACCCUGGGCCAACCCCCUCCCACUCUGGUGGUGCAGUUGGUUGGGGAUUAAAACUUUCUUUAAAA